UAUGAUUAUAUUAUGUGCCAGUAGAAUUUUCUUAUUUAGUGCUAUUGGACGUGUUAAAUUGGGAGUUAAUUGCAAAUUAUUGGACAAUAAAUACAAUGAAGAUGGAAUUGAAGCCGAGCCGUUUUUUCUCAUCUCGCUGGUGUAUGGAAAAACUGUGCGUCGUAUUCGCCAUCAUAAAUGCCGUUACAUGCUUACUGGCUUUCCUUAACAGCGUGAUAUUUCUAAUCUUCUUACUUGUUGUCUGGAUCUGGAAUAUGUAUCAUGGAUAUAUUCCAACGUAUGGUGAUAGCGAAGGAUGGACAGUUUUGAACUUUUUUAUCAUCGGAGCUGUAAUAUGCAGUAUCCUUGCUGCGUCAGCACUCUACUUCGCCGCCCUUCUGUGUCUUGGAAUACGAAAUGAUAACAAGCGCUAUAUAAAGAUGUAUCUCAAUUACGGCGUGACUGUUGUCACUCUGAGCGUGCUGGGCCUGCUGUUGUACAUUUGGCUGUUUUGGGAGCAAGCGCGGAUUGAUGCUGUGGUUUCAUCCGUAAUGUGUUUGGCUUACUCAGGAAUCCUGUUUCUCAUCAACAAGACGUAUCUUGAAUCAGAUCAGCUGGAGACAAACGACAGAUUGCUCAGCACACCUUGUGUUCAACAUUCAUACGGUUGCCAAUAAUGUUAUCUGAAAGUUAUCUAAAAAACCGGACCAGUGCGAGUCGGACUCACCCAUCGAGAGUUCCAUACUAAGC